AUGUCACAUUUCCUACCAGCCCAUGUACCGACUGAAGAAAUCCCGCAACAACAAGACCGUACAAGUCCAGUUUCAGUCAUAUCGUCUAAGGAUGAUCGUUCACUUUAUAAAAAAUAUCCUAUAGGAAGAGACUGGAUACAAGGAUCUGUCAAUAACAACGGCGGGGUACACGCAGGGUUAGAAGGAAGCAUUACCAAAGGAAAAUACACGUUAUACGAUUUCCAAAUUCUUAGGACUCUAGGAACAGGUAGUUUUGGAAGAGUUCACCUAGUACGUUCUGCCCACAAUGGUAGAUUUUAUGCUAUGAAGGUUUUAAAAAAGCAUGUCGUUGUUAAAUUAAAACAGGUUGAACACACUAAUGAUGAAAGAAGAAUGCUUUCUGUUGUUUCACAUCCGUUUGUGAUUAGAAUGUGGGGAACGUUCCAAGACGCUCAACAGGUAUUUAUAGUUAUGGACUACAUUGAAGGUGGUGAACUGUUUUCUUUGUUGCGGAAAUCGCAGAGGUUUCCAAAUCCGGUUGCAAAGUUCUAUGCUGCAGAAGUAUGCCUAGCACUGGAAUACUUGCACUCCAAAGAUAUCAUAUAUCGUGACCUCAAGCCUGAAAACAUCUUACUGGAUAAGAAUGGUCAUAUAAAGCUGACAGACUUUGGGUUCGCAAAGUAUGUCCCAGAUGUAACAUAUACCCUGUGCGGCACUCCUGAUUACAUCGCACCUGAAGUAGUAAGCACAAAACCUUACAACAAAUCAGUUGAUUGGUGGUCUUUCGGUAUAUUAAUCUACGAAAUGCUUGCAGGCUACACCCCAUUCUAUGACCAGAACACAAUGGGAACCUAUGAGAAUAUUCUAAACGCAGAACUUAAAUUUCCUCCAUUCUUCCACAUAGAUGUCCAAAACUUACUCUCCAAACUCAUCACAAGAAAUCUCAGCAAGAGACUGGGCAAUCUUGAAAAUGGCUCCCGUGAUGUCAAAGCCCAUCCCUGGUUCAGUGAAGUAAUAUGGGAUAAGCUACUUUGUAGAAACAUUGAGACACCCUACGAACCUCCCAUCCGCCCUGGCCAAGGAGAUACAUCCCAGUAUGAUAGGUAUCCAGAAGAAGAAGUCAACUACGGCAUCCUUGGAGAUGACCAAUACCACUCUCUCUUCUGCGACUUUUAA